CAGAGCAGACCGCAAUCAAUUGCAAUCCUAAAGAGCCGUACACCAUAGUCAACCGAAUCCGUAAUAUUGUCGAGAAAUCAAAGUUACAAGCGGAGAGAACGACACCGAACCGAGAACGUACCCAUGGUUCCGUUCAUGGGUGCGAUUAAUUGUAGUCGGCUCUAAAUUAAACUUACCUAUAGACGGGCGAUUGUCAUCAGCGGGUCGUGCCCACCCUGGUGAACAUUACAACGCGAUUAAUUUGCUCCAAUUAAGGCAAAUUCACAUUAUCAGGAUUCGACAAACGACUCCAGUGUAAAUGGCCACCUAGUGAAAGUGGAAAAGUAUUCUACUCAGGGCGAUUUAAAAGUGUAAUAAUCUCCCAUGUGUAAUUAAUAAAACAGAAUAAAAUAACAGCCUGUGGAAAAAGAAUGUUUAUCAAAUCCGAAUUUCCCCCGACACCCACCCUAGUUAUCAACGAAGCUUAUCAACAAAGCUACAUGCAGAUGAAAAUGUGAAAAUUGCUUAUGGAAUAACUUUCCUCAAAAACAAGCAUCGAACUAAAUUUGUGUCGCGGCUACAUUGCUUGGCGACGAUUCAGCACUUUUGUGUCGACUAUUUGUAUUUGGGGGCAACUCUACCCUUAAAUCGUGCCAACCAAGCCACUUGGCUGGAAUGGCCAGUGAAAAAGGAUAAGGCGACAUUGUUCUGAGCGAAAAGAAAAGUGAGUCAAGACAAGCAGACGUGCUCGUGUCUGUGUAAAAUUUUUGCGUCGACUUGUUUAGCAAUAUUCAAACAGAAUCGUAUACCCAGUGCACAGCGAAUCUGUAAAUCCUCUAAAGUGAUGGAAAAUGCCGUGACGGUGACGGGUUUGGAUGUUGGAUUUGUGAAUUUUGGCCCUUAAAAGCGACAGUUUGACAGUGAAGUAAGGGAAAAUGAGCACAGUGUUUUCUUUGGAAUAAAUUCAAUUAAAAUAAAUUGAUUGCGAGUAGCAAAAUCUGGGCAUUGCGGAUAAUCGUUUCCCCUCCUUUGGAUUAUACUAACAAACGAACUUUGAAUGGUACAUCCGGACAUUUUUACUUAACAAGCGAAUGAAAGUUUGAUCUGUAAAGCAGAAACGAAAAGAAUGUUCAACGACUCGUAAAGAGCCUAACAGAAGCAGCAUGUAUCCCCAAUUCCCCUUAAUUUGAGAAAAGGAAUUUGUGCAAAGUGCAAACUGGAGAGGAGAAUUCCUUUCGUAGUAUUUGAACCACAAUUACUCAGUAGGCGUGGGAAUAGCUGUGGGGCCAAGUUGUAGCUUCCUGAGACGACCGCAACGUGUCACCGUAUGACACGCUUAUUUGGGCUCCUUGCUAAAGUAAAAUCUUUAUAUUCCUCACCGCAAUUGUUGGCUGAUAUUGGGUAGCGAAGCGUGAGGAAAACACUGCCGAAGAGGACGACAAUUCCAAGAGCAGAGCUCAUUCGAGCAGAAGCCUCAUCCCACGUCUAAUUGCCAAUGAAAGCGGCGACUGCGUAAACCACAACGAAUCGUGAAUAAACGGAAAAAUCACUGUGCGAGUGCGAGUAAUAGAGGAAUCCUUUGCCUGACUAGAGGAUAUAGAGCCACCUCGCUCUCGCUGGCCACUUCUGUGUCCCUCGGCGGCAGCUUUGCGAUGGAGCCGCGCCAGAGCUGGAGGCGACAGCGCUCUCGCUCCAGCUCCCGUCCCGUGCAUCUUGGAGCGGCAGUUCUUGCGUUAGCCUUGGUGUGGACACAGUCACCCAGCUCCGUGCUCUGUGGCGAGAAGUUGGCGCUACUCUCCGCCACGCUGCGCACAUAUCAGAAAGCGGCCUGCGACUCGGACCAGGUGGUCAUUGCCUGCCCACGCGGCACCAGCAUUUCAAUUGAGUUUGCCCAGUACAACAAGUUCGUGGCGAAAGAUGGCUAUAGCAUUGAGGAGCUGUGUCCAAUUUCUGGAGCCGCUGCCUCCGAGAUUCGUGGCAAGGCAAAACACCUGCUACGGGGAUCCAUCUUUGGCUCAUCCUCACAGAAAGUUCCUGCCAAUCGCUACGUAAAUGGUGGCUACGGCGGCUAUGGCUACGGAAUGGCAGUGCCAUCGGCAGUGGAUGCUCUCACCAGUACUGGGGCAAGUGCAAGUGGUUCUGAGCUGGAAUCUAGGAGCACUGUCCACUCUGGAAGUCCUGGCAAGUCCCUCACUGGUGGCGAGGUGCUAAGCCCCGCUGAUACUGGCGAUGAUUCGCCAGAAAAUUGCAUGUGGCCGAAUGCUCUACAGUACUCCCUGCUCCAGACGGUGGUCGAGGCAUGCCAGAAGAAGAAGCACUGCAAGUUCCACGGGUCCCCGCAAUUCUACGGACUGGGAGCCAGCGGAGUAGGCGACUCGUCCGGCACCAGCAGCUAUCACAGCAGCACGGCUAGCUCCAAUGCAAUCAGCAACGACCCCUGCCCCAAGCGUCGGAAAAUCGUCGAAGUUGCCUACAAAUGCCGCCCAUAUGAGUUCCGCAGCAAGGUUGCCUGUCACAACGAUGUGGCCCAGCUGGAGUGCAACCCGUACUCUCGGAUAGCAGUGUACAGCGCCAGUUUCGGUAGGACCGAGUACGAGAGCAUCCAGUGCCCCCAGCCGCAGGGGGUUCGGGAGGAAACGUGCCUCGCCUCAUACGCGACAGAGACCGUCAUGCAAAUUUGCCACGGACGACGGCGUUGCAACCUGGCAGCUGACGCGAACACCUUCGGCACUCCGUGUCAGGCCAACUCGCGGAUGUAUCUGAAGGUUGUUUACACAUGUGUGCCGAAGCAAGUGCUCAAGGAGAGCAACGACUCUGAAGUCGAGCCGGACGAGUCCGACGACUUUGAGGGCGACAUCAACGACCUCUACGACGACGAGCUGAUCUAUAAGGAGUCGGAGGCGAUACCAAAGCUAUACGGCAACACAACAGCACUCGGAAGGCGCAACAGCACCAACGGGCCUGGACCAGGAGCCACUGCUAGUCCGGCUGGCAAUCAGACCAUGACGAACGGCACCCUGGUCACAGAUGUGGAUGGCAGUGGCGUGAAUCCUGUAAUGACACAUAGUGCCGACUUGAGUCUAGAGGAUGACCAGGAGCGGCUGUACUUUUACCUGCUUAUCGUCGGGUCCCUUGGGGUGCUCUUCUGCAUCGUUAUCGUUGCCACUAGACUCGUGUUGCAGAAGCGUCGGGAUCUGGGUCUGGCAACCAAUACGCACUCCAACUCUUCCAGCAAAGGCGGCGGGGGCGGAGGAGGCCUAGUCGAAGAGACGACCAUCCCGAGCGGCUUUAACGACACCAUUUCCGAAAUAGAUGCAGACAUCGACCUAACCACUCCAAUACCUGUACCAAGUGUGUCCAAGAACGAGAACUAUUUGACCUACGCGCCAGCCAGCAACUUGUAUGCUAGUCUAGCUCCCGGCUCUGGGCCUGCAACUGGGCUGAUGACGAAUCCCCUUCUGGUGGGAGCGCGGCAGUCGCCCGACCUUAUCGGCAUAUCCCCAGGCACCUUCGUGGCGACGAGCAGCGCCAGCCCCGGGCCAGGCACAGUGGCGGGAAUUCUGACGCCAGCCAUUGUGAUUGGAGCCAAUGGACACGGAGCUGGCAUUCCGGGCAGCAGCGCCAUAAGCACAAUGGUACCAAUCACUUCGCUGGCUCAGUACACAACGGCGCCGACAAUCAGGGGCGGCUACAUCAUAAACGCUGAGGGCAUGGGCAUGGGCAUGGGCAUGGGCAUGGGAAUGGGCAUGGGAAUGGGCGUCCUGCAACGUCAAACCAAUACGCCCACGCCGCCAGCCUCGCUGGCAGGCGGCUCGCCGGCGCACCCUCCAUCACAGCAGUCCAUUCAGUCGCCGUUAAGUAUGACGACGCUGAGCCAUGUACCCGGGCCAGGUACCUCCACGCUGCGCCGCUCCAAGCCACCCAUGCUCCAGCCACAACUCUCCUACGACGGCACUGCCCCGCGCACUCUGUCCACCGGGGUAGCCGUCGGAUCGCAGUUCUACUACGGAUGACAGAGCACGCUGGACUGCGAGCCGCAUGUGUAUACCACAUCAGUGAGCGUCGCUGUCGCUCCUCCCAUUGUCAGCGCCAAGACAACUACGGACACGCCGGGACAUCGGUCGCUCGAACCCUUCGAACGUGCAACAACUGUGGAUGCGCUGGCUGGACCCUAGCCACUCGUGGAUGCGAGUAUUUCUGUGCGAGGCAUCAACGACAAUACAAACAAAAUCCUAGCCAGCUCCUCACGUUUGCAGCGGAACUCCGAUCCGGACUGAGGAGUGCUCUCCUGUCCGGCGUUUCGGAAUUACAUAACUGGAGAGGACUGAGGCGAGCUGUUUUUAAAUAUGGACGAGCUUCCGGUAACUGUAAAUACCUAAUGAAUGAAUGAAUGAAUUUUGAGAUUAUAGCCAAAGAUACAUAAGUGAAUAUAUACGUGUAGGUACAUAGCCCGAGGUAGAAAAGGUCUUAAGCCACCUUGUAGGUUGUCUGUCUGCCAUCGUGGCUGUCGUCCGACGUAUCUGCAAAGUGAUGAAUGUACAUAUGGGUGUGUGCUGGUGUAGGGGAGUAGGGUGAACUUUGUCUGUGUUUCUGUCUUAUGUUUGUGCUCCUGCAGGGAAAUUAAACGACUGAAGGGUAAUUUUUGAUCGGUAGGUGGUCCCGCCCCUCUUUCUGUGAGGUGGUGUGCUGCCGAAAUCCCCCCACCCUUUCACGCAUUCACGCAUCAAAUUAUUUGUACCAAAUAAGUGAAAGUAAAUUGCGCGGGGUUCAUUUGGCGCUAUCAAUAAUGUAGCGACAGGCAAAAGCAUAAACAUAUUGCCUACAAAUAGGCAGACACAGCCUCAGAGUACCCACCCGCACCGCCAUCACAUCCAUCAAGCCAGCGGGGAGGCAGCGUACGUGUGGGAGGACCGAGAACUAAUGGCUGCCGCUUAGGGGCGACGUCUAACCCAAAUACUGCCGCACACUCGCACUCGUAAGCCAUCGCACAUCCGGACAGAUAACGACGCAGCUCCCCGCAGAGUUGCGUAAACAAAACACGACUCCUCAUAAAUGUCGAGGCCUAUGCCGGAGCCCUGCCGGAGUACGAGCCGAGUAUGCAUGUAAAUUUUCGGGGGUACGUACGUUCAAUUACCAGUAGUAUGUGUGUGGGGGGGGAGGCUCUUGAAGCGCUGAGACAUGUAAAUGCUUUAUUCAGCUAGUCGAGGGAGUCCGUACGUACAUCUUGUGUGUGUCUGUGGCCCAUUGUGAGUCUCAGAUUAAUGCGAUACAAGUGUAUGAGCGUAAUUAAUAUCCGGCAUUACUGACCGACCUUAGACGAGGCUGGGCCAGGCAAACGAGCUAAUGGAUUGCUCAUACGUGCCAAGGUGACUGGGUCUUCCUCGCGGAAGGGUGCUGGGUCGGGGGGGUCACAUGCGCGCCACCGGAAGUGGGGUGGCUUCAAUGAAUUGCGUGCCACACUGGUAGAGGGUAGAGACAGCAUUAUAGCCCAUAGCCGUAGACUUUUAUUUAGAGAUAGACCUAUAACGUAGGCAAUUUGCUUAGCUGCGUUGUCUUGGACGCUGCUGGCAUGCAUCCUCAACGACGAACCAGUGCUGUUUCUGCGGGAGCUCAACUGCGAAAACUGUGGGGUAUGGUUUACUCGUACAUGGGUGUACACUGUACGUACAUCAUAGAUGCAGCCACAAAGCAUGCACCCACGAGUGUAUUGUCCAGCAUUUGCGAGUUUAUCUACUCGCACUCGUGCGAAUCUCAUCGUGUUGUUCGGUUUGGGGGUUUUAUUUCGAAUGUCAAGUGCCUUCCUAACUAGCAUUUAAGUGUGUGUACUCUCUAUCUACGAGUACUUUAAAUCGUAGGCCGAAGACGAAGGACGAACGACGAACGACGAAGGAGCCUGCACUUAGUGAAAUGUAAAUACAUAUGUAGCCCGCAGCCAAACUGAAAUAACUAACCGGAUGGAUGGGGAUGGUCACAUUAAAAUAGCUCAAUUUAGCCAAUAUGUAAAUACCACUAUCACUAGAGUAGUAGGCAUAGAAAGGGGAGAUGCAACUACAAGCAUUAAGUACUCUGGAUCUGCAUCUCCGUCAGACUCCACUAAGUAUGUAGCACCUAGGGGAUGUGGUUCUCAACAGGACAGCAAUUAAUCAAAUCAAAUCAAAUCAAAUCAUAUGUAAAUAAAUAUUCCUGUUAGCUCAGACGUACAUAUGUACAUAAGCUAAGCCACAAUGAAUAACUCGUAUUCGUGUAUGGAAAUGUUCAAAGGGAAAAUACAAAGUUGAAUCAUCAAAAAUACAUUCAUUCAUACAUAAAUAGAUACAUACAUACAUUCCUCUGUUGCUGUGGCGAGGCAUUGACCACUGAAUAUGGGCACAGUACAUGGGGAUACUUUGCAUAAAUAUCUAUUUAAAGUUGAUCAGAAAGUUGAAUGAAGCAACUCAAAUAUGUUUAGUCUAAGAGUAAACUGUAGGUAAACUGUGAAAAGAUUUUGGUUGCCAUUCCUUCUUAUGUACUGUACAUUUUAUACGUUUCUU